AUGUACAGAAAGAACGUGUGCGCUGUCAUUUUUAAUGAGGAUCUUUUUUUUAUUGGGUGCAGGCGCAUUCAUGGGAAUCGGUAUCAGUUUGUGCAGGGUGGAAUAGAGGAGCGAGACACUGACGUUCUCCAAGCUGCAUACCGUGAGGUGGAGGAGGAGAUUGGCCUGUUGCAGGAGGAUCUUCACUUCGUGGGGGAGAUUCUUCCGGCCAGCGGUGAUCCAAGGGAGUUUCGCUAUGAACUUUGCAGCACGGCCAAUCUCCGGAGAUUUGGUUUUCAGGGGCAGGAGCAGCGUCUCAUGCUGUUCUUCACUCAAACAGAUAACAUUAAGAAGGUGAAUCUCAUUCCACUCAAAGGAAGCGGCGCGCUGCAAGAGUUCUCUCAGGUUGAAUGGAUGACAAUUGAGGACAUCAUUGAACGCUGCCCCAGGGAGAAGACUCACAUCUUCCUUGCAGUGGCCAAACUGGGGCUUCCCAUGGCAAAGGCCUUUCUGCAAUCGCGCUUAGCUUUUUGA